UAUGUCCGUGUUGACUUGAACGCCAGCACCGAAGUCGAUAUCUGAAGUGAAAAAUUUUCGGUGGGUGUAAUGUGCUCGCAGGACACUUUCCUGGUGGAAAAUUGUGAAAAUUCUGCAGAAAACCUCCUCGAAACCAUUGCAUGACUUUGCAAGGAGACACGUUUCGAUGUCUCGGCAGUCUAGAUAAUGCUUAAGCUACCCAAAGGAUUAAAGAAGAAAAAGAAAGGUAAAAAGUCUAAAAAAGAUAAAGAGCUCUUCACCGAAGAAGAACUCGAACAGUAUCGCCGUGAGCAUCAAGCUCAGGCAUCCUCAGCACUCAACUCGGCCGCUCCAUCCGAUAGUGAGGAUCAGCCUGCUGGUGAGAAACCGUCGGAGAACGACGAAGAAUGGUCUAAAUUUGCUGCGCUCACCACUGGUAUCGACACAGUUCUCAAGAAGACCCAGGAAGAUCUCGACCGCAUCAAGGGCAGUUCUUUUUUCCAGAAGGUUCCUACGAAAGUAGAGCUCGAGGCAAAGGAGCGCGAGGAGCAACUCCGCCGAGAGCAGGAAGAAAGAGAGCUAGCCGAGGCCGCUGCCAAGGAGGCUGAAGAGAAAAAAGCUGCAGAGGAGCUUAUUAACGCUGUUGUUGAGCUCUCCGAUUCGGAACCACACUCCGAGGUUGAGGAAGAUAUCUUCGAUACUAACUAUACCGAUGCUAUAGCUUCGGGUGAACUACCGCUUGCAUACGUUCCAGAAUCACCCGAAUUAGAGUCUUUCGCAGGGCCGGAUCCAUUCGAUACUUCAUACGCAGAGAAGGUAAUCAAAGGACCGGAAGUCUCCAAACGAGGAAAGAAAAUAGUUAAUAUCGGUGCAGCCGUUGAAGUAUUAACCGGCAGAGUUGAGAGCGUAUCGAGCAAAACUUCUUCUCGUCGGCCUCGACGUGGACCAAAGAAUCUUCUGCUAGAAAGUUUCGACGACGCACAAGCGGACGGCGAGGACGGUUUUGCUGCUGAAAACUCUGCGCCUCAGCCAUCUAAACUUACUCUUCUCGACGAUACUGAUGAGCUUCCGAACGAUGCGCCAAUCGAUCUGAGUGUUUCACUCCAUCUUGCUCUACAGAAAGAACAGGAAGCCAAAAAAGAACAGGAACCGGUAAAGGAAGAACCAGAAUUCAAUCUAGACGAAUUCGACGAUUUAAAGAAACGCGAACCAGCGGUUGAAGGAGACAAUUAUAAACUACUUGUAGGUGAGCCCGAUCUAGACGGUUCAAAAAAGCCUUCUCGUCCGCCGCCACCGCGUCCAUCCACCGGACCCCACUUCCCGGACGCCGUAGACGCCGACGACGAACUAGACCUCGACGCGGACGAUCCAUUCGAUACCGGAUUUGUUGAGCGAGUACUACCUGCUACCGCCAAGGAAGACGACGAUUUUGAUCCUCGGGCUGGAGAAGAAGAGGAAGACGACGACUUUGACUUCGAUCCGCGAGCUGGAGACGAGUCGUCGGCCGCAGUAGUUCGCGUAAAAACACCUGAUCUUUUCUCCGCCGAAGAUAACGCCCAACUGCAAGUUUCUGGCGCACUUACCAAAGAUUUACUAUCGGGUAGCAACACAGAUAUAACCGAUCUUGCUCAAACUCCUCUUGAAGUGCUAUCUGCAGGAGUAAAUUCGGCAGAGUUCGUUGAUCCGUUCGACACAUCGGCUGUCAACUCGAUAGUUGCUCCAGGAAAGACAGAACUGAAAUUCUUGGAAGAAGAGCUUCUAGCCGACAGACCCACUGGGCUAAAACACUCACUCAGUGACCAGGAUUUUGAUCCACGUGCUGACAGUGAACCAUCAAAGCAAACAGAGGAAGUCUCCUCCAUCGCGCAGCGAAAAUCUUCGCUCUGUCUGCAAAUAAACGGAGCUGCCAAAAAUAAGAGCGUAGUUUUCGCUGUUCCUGUCUCCGAUCUGCUGAAAAUCGACGGUGAUCACUCGAUAACUAAGAAACCACUCACUCCUUAUUACAGCCGUGAGUCUUCGAUACCGGAAUCCGAAGCAGUCGACCCGUUCGACACUUCCUUCGUUCCGAACAGCGAACCAACACAAGUUGAGCUUAACCUCAUCGAGCAGGAGCUGAACAACGUUACAAUCAAGCACAGUUUGUCUGAUCCGGACUUCGACCCGCGAGCUAUCACACCAAUAGAGCAGAUACCACAAUCAUCCAGCCAUCAACCGAAAUCUGAUCUGCUCGGUAUCGACGAACAUCACCACAGCCACAAAGUUCUAACCCCGGCGAAGGACGUUGAACCGGAAGAGAUUGAUCCGUUCGACACCUCGAUUGCAGUAAACAUUCAACCGGGACGUGCUGAACUUAAACUCAUCGAGGACGAACUCAUUCCAGCGCCUGUACCUGUCGCCAAUCCGGACAUUCUAUCCGAUUCGCAAGACGGUGGAGCGUUCUUCGUGAAGGUUCUUACACCACAAGCGAGCAACUCCAUCGACGAGGCAGACAUCGAUCCGUUCGAUACUUCCUUUGCCAACGACUUGGGACCAGGCAAGACUGAAAUCAAACUUCUAGAGAACGAGCUUAUUGAUAACUAA